AAAAUUGAAGUGCAAACUGAAUUUGUGCAUAUGUUAAUAAUUUUUUGUUACCGGUUUGUAAAACAUAAAAUAAAUUGGUACCUAAUAUUCCUGGAUUAACUAUGGAUAAUGAAGAAAAUGAAUUGGAUACAACAUUCGAAAAUGAGGCAAAAUUUGAAGAUUCAAGUAAUAAUAUAACAGAUGGUGAAAAUUUUAAAAAGAGACGAACGAAUGUUGGACCUUGGAAAAAUGUUGAAGAAUUCAACAUGGUUUAUAUUUCAUUAUUUGGACAAGGAGCAUCAUAUGAAACAAAAAUUAAAGCAUGCAAGAAAAUGAGGAUUUGGAAGUUGAGAUCUCUUAAUAUGACUCCUGCAUCUAUUUUAAGCACACUAGCCAUUAUAGAAGUUCAAAUAAAGGAUGAAUCGAAAGAUUUCGCAAACGAACUUCAAGUUUUAUAUUCUGGAGCAUUUACCAGAUUUCUGAACUACAUGUGUUCUACUACACAAAAAGGCAAAAUGAAAACAAUGUAUCAAAGCGCUAUGGAUAUUGGGAUAGAUCCGUUUAUAGUAGAUUUGCGACAUUUGUGUUCUCAUGGACAAUCUAUGCCGUCACUUAAUGUUUUAAGAAGAGCUUCAGAUUAUUGUCUUGAUUGGUUAAAAGAAUUUUAUUGGGAUCAAGAAUAUAAAAAUCAAAGAAAUGUUGGUUCUAAAAAUGUUCGUUCUGAAGAUAUAACAUUGUUUGAUGACAAAGUAAGUGAAUUAUUUGAAGUGUACGAUUCAUCAUUAUUAGCAAUUCAGAAUGGAUGCAUUAAAGUCAAUGAAGCACGAAAAUUUUUGAGCAAUGAACACUAUAAUACACUAAAAAAAUUUUCUAAUAUUAACGGAAAAAUUCAGCUAGAACAUAUACAGGUUCAUGUAAUAAAAAUUAUGGAAAACUUAAUACGACAAGAAUCAAGUGUAAAAAAUUUAGCAUCUGUCUUUAUAACGGCAUUUACUAAAAUGACUUUCAUAUUUGAAAUUCCUGCCAAUCUAGUUGACUCUGAAAAAAACUUGAGAAAUUUAGUUAGAAAAAAUAGGAAAUUAUUUAGAUCUAUUGCAAUGCAUGGUUUUAUUGAAAGAUUAUUUGAUGAACUAAUAUAUAUAGCAGAAAAUAGCUUUGAAACAUCUUCCAAAAGACGUGGCGCAAGCUUUUGGGCGAAUGAAAUCGUAGUAGGAUUCUCUGCCUUCGAAAAGUUCAAAGUCUAUUGUAAAACACGAAAGGAAAAGGACUCUGAUUUUCAUAUAGAGAAAAAACAUAUUAAUGAUCAUAAAAUUUUGUCUAAAGAAAUCAAAAGAAUAUAUUCCAUUCUAGAUAUCGAUGCAAGUUCAAUUAUUAUUUUUGGAGACCAUUACAAAAGACCUUGGUGUCUUAGUUUUUCUAAAAACUACAUAGAAGAAAGACUAAAAAAUGUUACGGAAUACACAAAGACUGUCAUAAAAAAUUGUCUUUCACUGGUUCAACCUCCGCUUUCAUAUUAUGAAGAAUCCAAAUUAGUGGAACUUAUCAAUAUAUAUUGUGGCUCUCCUGAAAAUGAAGACGAAAAUCCAAAUAAAAACCAUCAAAUAUCAAAUGAAUUACAAGAAAAAAAAUAUUUCACUCAAAAUGAUCUUAAUUGCGAUAUUUCCAAUUUUGAAACGAAAGAAGAAAAUCACACAGGAAUUUGGUUUACAGGAACUGAUGAAUUAGAUUGGCAUUUAUGUCCUCUAGGCCGUCUCCCUUGGGAAUAAAUUUUAUUACUAUUUUAUAAAAAUAAUUCAGAAAAGUACAAUUUUGUAUAAGUUAUAAAACAAUUUUAUUUAUAUAAAUGUAUAAAAAAU